AUGCCUCCUAAAUUGCCUCCUAAGAUUAGAAAGUUUGAUUCUGGAUGUGAGAAACGUAAGAAAAAGAAAAGACUUGAUGAGUUAACUCGAUCUCAAUCAGGAGCUCUUAAUAAAUUUAUUAUAAGAGAACCACAAAUUCCCAUUGAAAAUCAAAAUGUUGAUGUUGGAAUUAUUGAAAAGAUGGUUUCUAUUGAAAAUAUGGAGGAAAAUGAUAAUGUUAAUGCUACCGAAAAUGAUAAUUUAGAUGCUGAAGAUAUGGAGAAAAAUGCUAAUGUUAAUGCUACUGAAAAUGUUAAUUUAGAUGCUGAAGAUAUGGAGGAAAAUGCUAAUGUUAAUGCUACUGAAAAUGUUAAUUUAGAUGCUGAAAAUAUGGAGGAAAAUGCUAAUGUUAAUGCUACUGAAAAUAUGAAUUUAGAUGUUGAUAAUGCUAAUGACAAUGGUGAUGAUAUAGACAUAUAUGGGAUACUCUUGAGUCUAGAAUGA